CGCGUCCCUCCUCCCACACUCGGCUGCAGAGCUGUACAGAUGAUCAUGUGCUUCGAGCCCAGGCGAAGCAAAGCGAGACAGUUGUUAGAGACCGAGAAGCCAGCUUUCAUUGAAAAGCUCCGUUAUCGAGAGCGAGAGAUCGGGGAGAUAGACAUUUCCAGUACGCAGGCAGACAACACACACCGUAAGCCCUGGGGAACUCUAGGGGAAAAGGGACAUUCAAAGGCCUUAAGACACACGGUGAGAAGAAGGAGAAGACAAAUUUUAUUGAAGAAUAAAACAUUAAAAACCUUGGGCACUCGGGAGUUUAUUUUUCCUUCUGACAAACUUGUGGGAUUAUAAAAGGGCACAUUUAAUAAGAAGACACUACCUCUUCCCCCUUUUUCGUUUUCUUUAUUUUCUUUAUUGUUUUUAAUCUCCCCCUGGAACCGCUGACAAACGGAGGAACAGAAUCGCAGCACUGUGCCUAAGAACUGAUAUCUCUACUGGGAGGCAGAACGGCUCUGCGUUGGCUGGGGCAGACAGGACAGCGAGUGGGAGAGACCCGUCGCUCGCGUUUUUACUCUAUUUUUAUAUUCUAUUUAUUAAUUUAUACUACAAAGUAUUUAUUUUUUCCUUAUUGAUUUUAUUUGGGGUUGCGUAUUUUUUGGAAUAUGGUUGGGGAAAUGGAAACGAAGGAGAAGCCGAAGCCGACCCCAGACUAUCUCAUGCAGCUCAUGAACGACAAGAAACUGAUGAGCAGUCUGCCCAACUUCUGCGGGAUUUUCAACCACCUCGAGCGACUGCUCGACGAAGAGAUCAGCAGAGUACGGAAGGACAUGUACAACGACACAUUAAACGGCAGUGCGGAGAAGAGGAGCUCGGAGCUGCCCGACGCUGUCGGACCUGUGGUGCAACUGCAGGAAAAGCUUUACGUGCCUGUAAAGGAGUACCCUGACUUCAAUUUUGUGGGGAGGAUCCUGGGGCCACGCGGCCUGACGGCGAAGCAACUGGAGGCCGAGACGGGCUGCAAGAUCAUGGUGCGAGGAAAGGGCUCCAUGAGAGACAAGAAGAAGGAGGAGCAGAACCGAGGGAAACCGAACUGGGAACACCUGAACGAAGACCUCCACGUGCUCAUCACAGUGGAGGAUGCCCAGAACCGGGCCGAGAUCAAGCUCAAGAGGGCAGUAGAGGAAGUCAGGAAGCUACUGGUGCCUGCGGCGGAGGGAGAGGACAGCCUGAAGAAGAUGCAGCUGAUGGAGCUGGCCAUCCUCAACGGCACAUACCGGGACGCCAACAUCAAGUCACCUGCCCUUGCCUUUUCUCUUGCAGCGACCGCCCAGGCACCCCGCAUCAUCGCCGGCCCCUCCCCAGUCCUGCCCCCCGCCGCCCUGCGCACCCCCGCCCCUGCCGGCCCAACCAUAAUGCCCCUGAUCAGGCAGAUCCAAACAGUCAUGCCCAACGGGACACCCCACCCCGCUGCUACCCUGGUACCCCCAGGGCCUGAGCCGGGCCUCAUCUACGCACCCUACGAAUACCCCUACACGCUGGCCCCUGCCACCUCCCUCCUGGAAUACCCCAUCGACUCCAGCGGGGUGUUAGCGUCCUCAAAGGCUGAAGACCUGCCCGUGUACUUCGGGUUGCAUACCUGUCACUUUCCCAUCACAGUGCAGCGGGGAGAGCCCUCGUCCAGGGCUCCCUUUUAAAGACAAAAAAACCCUGCCCCCACCUCCCCAGGCCCCCCCACUGUGUGUAGCGCAGGCAGCGGACCGGCCUGCCCAACCCCGACACACAAACUAAAGCUAAAGCGAAGCUCCUUCCCCAUAGAGUCUACAGGUUGUUUUUUUAUGAAGUGAAUUGUGAUUUUCUUUUUUUAUCUGUAUCUGAUGUAAACAGCGAAAACGAGCACUGAGCCUCAAAGCACGGCUGUUGUUCCCCCUGGGGUGCGCCCAGAGGGCAGGGCAUCAGUGGGGGUAACAUGAGGACCGUGAGGGGGCAGUAGGGGGUGUCCCAUGAGGGUGGUGGGAGGGGCCAGGGGCUGGGGCGACCUUGUAGAGAGGUGUGUGUUGCUUUUCCGAAGACCGACACUCCAGGCACUAAUUUGCAUUCCCUUCCUUUAUUCUUUAGGUGUGGCUUUCCCCACGAAGGGCUAAAAGCAUUCAAGAAUGGUCUUACUGAACCCCCAUCCGGUCUGAGUGUUAACACUUGCUUUUGUUUCACAGCUGCCUUUAAUGACAAAACAGUGAGUUCGGCCUAGCAGUCAGUCAGACAGCCCCGCCCCACGUUUACAAAUGCCACGCCCCCAGCACCCCCCCCUUCCCCCGGGAGGCGUCGCCCCGGCUCCAUUACAGAUGCGCGUUUAUCGCGUGACCUGAGCGGACUGUUCCGCUGACUGCUAUGUUUUUUGGUUAAAAAAAAAAACAACUUUGAAAAAAAAGAGAAAAUUCUGUCAGGCUUUACUAAUCACUUAAUUCGUUGCCAUUUGUUUCUACUUAUGGGUGUGAUACUUGAGAUUUGCUACUGCAUUCGUGCCUAAAUGCUCUCAUUCCUGAGCCUGUCCAGAAAAACCAUCAGUAUUAUAUUUAAAAAUAUUAACUGGAAAGACACCCCCACCCCAUGCUCUGAAAAAGUGAGUAGUAAAGUAACAUUUGCCUGUGUCUAAUGUCAGUAAUACUGUACAAGGAGUUACACCACAGUGGAUCCAUCUGGUUAAGGCAGCUCGACAUGCUUAUUUGACUGCUACUAUGUUGGAAAUCCAACUUCGAUGUACUCUUUGGAAAGUACUAUUGUGCCUUAACUUGUAAUUUUUUUCUUAUUUACAUAAUUUGUUAGAUGUUUUUGGUCAUUUUUUAUAAAAAAAAAUAUCUGCUGUUUGUUGAAAAACUGACUGUUCAUAGGACUUGUGUAGGAUGAAUGAUCUAACUUUUGUUUUGGUAAUGUUGCAAUCUAAGCAGGUGCGGUGACUACUAAGGUUCGAAGGCACGAAAUGCGGGUCCAUCCCUACCAAAGGGUAGUGUCCGCUGACCGAGGUUAGUUUAGCUCCAUGUUUAUCUUGAGUGCAACUCACUGUCGGUCUAGACCUGUCUCUGCAACCCGCGUGCACGCUCUCCAGCACUGUUAACCCACACACCGGGCCAUGUGGUUCGUGAUGUAAAGCCACCCCCACACCCUACCCCACCCCUACACACCUCCCGCCCCAUACCACCCCCACAGAACCGAUGGCAAUGGCCCCAUGUUAGAUCUAAAGGACCGAAUUUAUUUCAUCCAUACAUCACGGCAAGUGUUGCUGAAACAAAGACCACGACAUGUAAGCAUUCUCACAUGUACACAUGCACACACAUACAUGUACACCCCCGCUGUUAAAAUGGAAUGGUACAUUCCUCUCAGUUCCAUUAUUUUGAUGACCAUGUGACUUUAGCAUGCUGUUAAUGAAGGAUAAUGGACUCCCUAUUUCAGUGUUUUAAUCCCCCUUUGUGAAAAAAGAACACUUUAGUCUUCACCUUUCGGUCAUACGAUUUACGAAUAGGUCAUUUUUAUGUCAGUGUGUAUUUAUUUGUUCUCAGAAUUGAAUUACUUUGAUGUGACUUUGCGUAAAUAGGACUUUUUUCGAUUAGCCCACUUGAGUGUGUGUAUAAUUACAGACAACGUACACCAUAUUGACAGAUUUAAGGCAAGACGUGUUUGGCGUUCAAGCCUAAAGUGGACUGCAUUUCUCAAAUUGUACCUCAGUCGAUAGUGAGUCAUUCUGACGGCCACGUUGAGCAUUUCCACCGCUGUGAGGGAGAAUGCAGACCGUAGGUGCAUUACACACACACACACACACAUGCACGCGCAUGUGAGCAGAAGAAUGAAAAGAACUGUGAAUUGUGCACAGCACUUAAUGUGUUCUGGCCAGUUCACGGCGGCAGAUACACAGGGCGUCAUGUGGGCAGUGGGCAGCGGUGUCACGAGGGCCGGCUGGUCAGCGCAUGUGUGAGAUACCCUUACCAGCUCUCGCGUAGAAAUAAACACAUAUCAUCUGCAACCUUAUUAUGUCAAGAACAGACGAACGCGAACAAAAAGAUGCAUCAUUGCUGUUUCCCAUGGAGACCCCCACACUCGCUCUCAGUGUCCCAGUCGCGGCGAGCAAGAGCUACAGCUCAAAAAUGUUACGUUUCUCACACUGGAUUAGAAUUCUGUUUUCUUCCUGUGAACCUCCUCCUGUGAAAAGACUCAGAAAUCUGAAGAUCUGUCUUCCUACUCGGCUACGCUCCUCACACACGCACACACACACAGGCGUGCACGCACACGAGCGUGCACUGAUAUUCAGCAGAUCCGUUCUGGGCACGGGCCCAAUUCUACCACAACAGAACCUGCACAGCCCACAGUGGAGAAUGUGAUUCAUUCUAAUUCAUGCAUCCUACUGAGGAAGUCGAAAUUCCAACCUACGGAUAAUUAAAUGUGAAAUACAGGGAAACACCAAGUGAGGAGUUAACAGGGUUUUUCAUUUGCUCAUUGUAGCUGCAUGCAGAAUUAAUACAGAAGCGAACAGCUGUGACAGUGAAUGAACCUUCAGUCCCUCUGUCCCUUCUUUGUCCCUCUUAAACCCUUAGACCCAGAUGUAAUGUGCCUCCUAUGCCAAGCGCUAAAAAUAGACCUUAAAAGUGACAUGCUUGCCCCGAAUCCCUGUAACUGUUCCUACAGAGGCGUUUCCAGAUGGCUCCUAUGCCAGCAGCUCGGGUCGUUCCGGUAAGACGAGUUCAGCUCCUUAGGAGCGGAUGGGUUGAAAGUCAAAACAAAAGAGAUCCGGGCCGACGUAGACGUGUAGUUUAAGAAAAGGCAAAAGCGCUGUUUUGGUUUAUAGCCAGACUGAUGAAGAGCCGAAGCCAGGCCCUUUGCCGUGAAGUCGUUACAUUCAGACUCAAAGUCUGAAGAUCCAAAGUUUGUUUUUUUUUUUCACUAUAUUGUUUAUUUGUUUACUUAUGCAAUAUUCAGUUGCGAAUAACCUUGACCAAUAGAGACUCUUUCAUUUUGAAAGAAAUAUUGGAAUUUAAAAGGUUUUAUCUUUUUUGGUUGCACUUUACACGUUUACGGAGCAAUUUUGAAAAUGGUUCGAAGUUAACAUAGGCAUAACCCGCCAGAUUAUACUUAGGGAUACAAGCAAAGGAUUUUAUUAGCAUAUAUACAUACUGGGCCUAAGGGAAUCAAGAAGACAGCAUUUACAAUUACAAAAAGCACUGUAGCAAAGCGCUCUUUUGAAAAAAAAAUGCACGCCACAGUUCUGACGGAAGCAGUGAGUACAGAAAUCCUAUCAGCACACUCACCGAUGAAAGUUUUAUUGUAAUACCGUGCUGAGAACUCUGGUCGCGCUGAGCAAGUUUUUAGCACCACGUUACUAAAAGGUAAGACUUUAAUAUGUAACAACUGAGGACUAAGUUGACCCCAGUAACAGGCAGGCAUAGCUGACUAAAUUAACGGGAAAAUGAACACGUUUAAAAUUGCACAACUUCUGAAACCUGUGUGUGACAGACUAGGGGCCUUUGUCAGAGGAGGGAGGGGAGGACAGGUGUACGAGAGUGUGUAUGAGGGUGUGCUACUUCACCAUUGAAAUCACUGUAAAAAUGCCUCGAUAAGUGAAAAUGAGAGAUUAACAAGUAAAAAAAGAAAAAGUUAAAGCACAGCAUUGCAUUUUCUUUGAGCAUUUUUUUUACCAAAAUGCAGUGCUGGUCUUAUGUUUGCCUGGAGAUUGAAGCUUGCUGUCAGGUGACAGGAGAAAUGCAACAGCAGGCUUUUACAAUGCAGUCCCUACAUCAUUGAUCUCCAGAGUCUGUAGAUGCAGGGUAAGCAUAAGGUAUGUUGAGGAUGGGGGAGGGUGUCAGGAAAUAGCAUGAAGACCCCCUACAUCCCAAAAAAAAAAAAUUCACCAGUGUCUGCAUAUUUACAGACUUUCAAUCUGGUAAGGAAUGCCAGCCCUGUUUAUUUUUACACCUGAAGGACAUCCCUUUGAAUGAAAGGAACGGCACAAGUCCGAUUUUGCACUGAAACAAGAGAAACAUCUUCAUCUCCUCUGCCUUGGUCAGACAAGUGACGCGCAGAAUAGAACUCUGAUAAACCUCAAAAUAAAUGCCUACACAUACUGAGAGAAGCUGCAGUCUGAAAGUCUUAAACUGACCACUGUGGAGUGAAGAUAUUGUAGGGUCCAUUUUGUGGAUGAGAUGUGACCAGACAGGAAAUGCAUUAAGUUCAUAUUCCACUUGAGAACUUUGUUUUUUUUUUUUAUUAUUUUUUAUGGUUUACAGUAAAGCUUCUUUUCUGUUUUGUUUUUGUUUGUUUGUUUAUUUUUUGUUUUGCAAAGAAAAUAGUAUAUACCAGUGGCUUCUUAAAAAAAGUAUAUAAAUAUAUAUAUAAAAAAUAUAAUGCAGGAAUGUAUAUGAAAUGUCAGAUUUUAUUGUAUUUGCAAAGAUAGCAAUGAUAUUCUAGAGGGCUAUUUGUAGGAAAGGAAAAUAUGAGACAUAGCAACAUUAUAGGAGCAUUUAGAAAAUUUCCUAUAUUUUUGAAUAUACUUUAGGGCUUUAUACAAAUGACAGGACUUUUCAGUGUUUAUAUGCAAGUGCUUUUUAUAUUAUCUGUCCUGUAAAACUGUCAAUAGUCUCCAGAGCUGAGGGUCUCAGCCGUUUCUCAGCUUCGCGUUUGAUCACUGUACUGCUAUAGACACUCCAUGUAGCGUCGCUUCGUGUUACGAGGGCAAGACUUCCUUGUUGUUGUAAAUAGAUCAAAACUACCUUGAAAGGCAAUAAAAUUUUAUUGAGUAAAAAACCACAAA